GUGAAGUGUACCAAGACAUUGACAUUGACGCGUUCGGCUAAAAGAAAACGUGACUAUCAUCACGUGUCACCCCUCAACCUUUAACAACUCAUCAAACCAUCAACCCAAAAGCAUACACCAACCAUCACACCACACUCUCCAAACCCCCAUCCUCUUACCAAACCAAUUCAACCAUCUCAACCAUCAAGUCCUACAUCCCAACCAAUCCCCAUCUCACCACACCACCAAGCCAAGCCACGCAAACUCACAUCCGACCUACUCCAUCCUACGCAUCAAAAUGUCAUCAACAUCCAGUCCCUCAUCCCGCGCUCGAUUCAGCUCCUCAAUCCCAGAUAACCAGCACCCGACACCGUUCUUCACAUCACAGAUGCAGGAUCGGCAGGCGAGGAAUAAGAACCCUUAUGCUAGUGAUGAUGAUAGUGAUUUUGAUUCGGGGGGUGGACGGUAUGAUGCGUGAGUUUUGUGUUCUCUCUUCUCUUUUCUUUGGGGGUCUUUUUGUCUGUGUUUUUUGGAGGAGUCUUCCGGGUUUGGAGUAUGAUAUUUGGGUUGUGCGAUUCUUUCUUUUUCUGUUGGGUCUGCGAGGGGGAGGAGAUGGUUGGGAGGUAGUACGAAGUGUACCUCAACUAUCUCCGUCAAGAUAGGAGGGACAUGACUUUCUUCCUCCCAAAACGAUAUCAACUUUCAAAUCCCUGUUCAUUCAAUCUCAUACUUCUAAAUUUCCAUAUACGUUGUCUACCCUUCUAUCCAUCUAAAGCUUCAUUUCUCUUUCUCCACCCCAUUCAAGUCCUAGAAAACAAAUCCAUCCCCCGUCUCAUAAAGCAAAAAGAAAAAAACACUAACAAAAAACACAGCUACAACGCCGACUCCUACGCAGCAACCCAACUCCGCCGAGACGCAGCCAUAAAGCUCGACUCCCCAGAACUAGUAAUGAUGCUAGCCCAAGCUCGAAACGACGUAUUUCCCCCUUCCUCCCCAUCUCCCAUCUCCCAUCCCCCCUUUCCCCCUUCCUCCCACCCCAUUACCCUCCCAACUAACAAACUAACACCCCCAAGUCCGUCCCAUCAACCCGCAACUACCUCACAAAAAUCCUCUGCGGCCACCUCACCCAACCCGACAUCGACGCCGAGCAAGCCGCCGAAGCACAGCGAACCGCCGCCGCCGCGCAGAGAGUCUCCACUGGGCAUAGUGAGAGAGAUGCGAGGGCGGGAGAAGGGAGGGGGAUGAUGAGAGGGAAGAAGGUUGGUGGUGGGGGGAGUGGGAGUGGGAGUGGGAGUGGGAGUGGGAGUGGGAGUGGGUUUGGAGGAGGUAGUGCUAGUGCUAGUGGUAGUGGUAGUUAG